UUUGGUUUUGUUUAUAAUGAAGAGUUUUUAGAAAUGCAUUUUACAUCAUACAGUUAUUAUUAAAUGCAAUACUAUGGUGACAGAAACAUUAAAUUACAGAGAGGAAUCCGUUGAACAGGGAUCUUAUAAUAAAAUUCUACAUAGUAAUUCAAACAAGUUGGUAAAUUAUGAAAAAUUGGAUAUUACAGACAAAGAAUCCAAUAUAUCUUUUGAAAAUGAAAAGAAAAAGCGUAAAUUAGAUGGUGCAAAUCUAAACGGUAAUAAAAGAAUAAAACCUGAUAAUGAUCCAAAUGACCCUGUUAUUGAUGAGGUAUUUGACUGGCAAGUUUAUUUACAAAAGACUAACUCAACAGCGGUUCCAAGUACAAUCUUUAAACAUGUCAUCCCAGAAUGCAUUUGUGGUUUUCAACCUGGCAUGAAAUUAGAAGUUCCUAACAGAGACUAUCUCAAGACAUAUUGGUUAGCAUUUGUGAUCAGAAAAGCAGCACCUUUAAUACUAGUUCGUUAUGAAGGAUUUGAUGAUAGCAAAUCAGAUUUUUGGCUAAAUACUUUGUCAGAUGACAUUCAUCCUGUAGGAUGGUGUGCAAGAAAUAAACAAGCUUUAAAACCUCCGAAAGCUAUUCAACAUAAAGAAAGUAACUGGUAUCAAUAUCUCAUUAAAAAUCUUACUGGCGCACGCAAAGCUGCUGAUCAUCUUUUUCACAAAAAAUCGCAUCCAGCUCAUUAUUUGUGUGCUGGGCAAUAUGUAGAAGUACUUGAUUUAAUCAACCCAAAUUGUUACUGGUUAGCUAGAAUUACUGAAGCUUUUUCUGGUCGUUUGAGUUUACAAUAUGAAGGUGUUGUUGAUAAAGAAGGAGAAUUAUGGUGUUAUUACUUAAAUCCCAAUAUAAGGCCUGUAGGUCAUGGUUUUUCAAAUGGCUUAACCCUUUAUCCACCUAAAGGUUGUCAAAAUCUCACGCAGCAACAAAUAAGUAAAGUUGUUGAGAAGCUUCUUGUACUUUCCAGUCGGAGUGACAACUCAGUAUUUAAAACAUUGUUCAAGGGAUUAGAGAAUCUUAUGCCUCAUGGUGUUUAUCUUGGUAUGAAGCUUGAAGCAAUCCAUCCUCAUGAUCCAACAUCAAUUUGUGUUGCAUCAGUUUCACGUAUAUUUGAUGAAUAUAUGUUUCUAGUAAAGAUUGAUAACUUGAUAUCUGCCCAAGAUGAAGUUAUCGACUCUUUUGUUGCAUACAAAGGGUCAAAAAAAGUUUUUCCAGUUGGUUUUUGCAGUAAAAACAAUUUAAACCUUGUUCAACCAUUAGGUUAUAAUGGAAAAUUUACUUGGGAGGCGUAUUUUAAAUAUUCAAAAGCAGCUCCAGUACCGUCAGAUUUUUUUCUUGAGGAAAAACCAUUACCAGAUAGUAUUAAAGUUGGAAUGAAAUUAGAAGCUGUUGAUCAAAAAAAUCUCUCUAAUAUUUGUGUAUGCACCAUAUCAAAGAUAGUAGGCACUUAUCUAUGGUUAAAUAUAGAUGGUGACACACGUACCGAUCAAAUAUUUAGCUAUGAUAGUCAUGAUAUUUUCCCUGUUGGUUGGUGCGAAAGAACUGGGCAUGAGUUGCAAUGGCCGCGUCCCAACACUUUGGAGCAAAAAAAUCGCAUUUCAAGUUUAAGGCUAACAGCAACACGACAAACGCGUUUAGAAGUAUUGCGAAAAGGAAAAUAUAAAGCGAAUGAAGGAAAGAUAGACAUUAAGAAAGAUCAAAAAAAAGGAAAAACACAAAAUUAUUUAAAAGGAAAGCGAGGUUUUUCACGUAAACGCGAAAAGUAUGACAGUGACGGAAAUAAAAGUGAAAUUGUCGAUACAUCAAUUGCAAUCGUGUGCAUAAAUCGACUUGCUGAAGAAUAUAAUUCGGAAACAAGUAUAAAAAAAUAUUUUCAUCUUGACGCAGAAGGACGUCUGCCAGCUCAAAUUGUAACAAUAGACGAUGAAGAUGAAGAUACUUUGAUAACAAAUGAAAAAUGUUUUUCAACAUAUAAUGAAUCACAUUUGGACUUCUUUAGUUAUAUUCGUCUUAAACCACAUAAUUUAAACAAAAAAGAAGAAGACGAUUUUAAUAGAAAAGUUAAAGAAAACGACGGUAACCAAGGAGCAUCCAUUGAGGAGAACUCGUCAUUGCAUGGUAUGGACCGCCGUUCGUUAAGCAACGUUGUUGCUAUGUUGCGUUCUAAUAGACGUAGCAAUCGAUCACAAUUAAUAGAACAAUAUAAAAACAAUUCCAAAAGCGAUCAUCAAUCUACAAAUCAAAAUAUUGAACAUUCAUCUAUUGGUUCAAAAAAGUCAAGUGCGGUUGUUGAAUCAAUUGAAAAAAAUGGUAGUGAUGGUACCCGAGGAGACCCUAUUGAUUUGUCAAAAACUAAUAAUAAAAAAAACAGUCGUUCUCUUAGUUCUGUUGUUACGUUAACAAAAGAAAAUUUUGAUUGUUUGUUAAAUGUGGAAGAUGCAAAUAAGGUUCCUGUACAAGUAGCUCAACAAAAUACGAGUUUUCCAUGUGUGUCGAGCACACCACGAACCAGUGUAGAAGACAUGCAUACGUUGUCUAAUAUGGCGCGUUCGCACUCUGGUUUAAGUGAAAUUUUGCGAAAUCGUUGCAACAAAAUUCGAAAGAUGUGCAAAGAUUUGCCUAGCAAUCCUUUGAUAUGGACAAAGAACGAAGUUGUACAAUUUAUUAAGAAUGCUUCUUUUCAAAAAUACGCUAACCUCUUUUAUCAACAAGAUGUGGACGGUCACUCACUUUUGCUACUCACUGUACAAGAAAUCCACCACAUUCUUGGAAUCCAACUUGGGCCGGCGGUGAAAAUUCACGAUUAUAUUUUUACGUUGCAAGAGCUUGUGAAUGACGCAUAUCUGAGUAGUAAGAACACGAAAUCGAUAAAUUCUACAAAAAACUAAUGUUUUUUUAUCGCUUGUUAUAUAUAUAUAUAUUUUUUUUUUCUUUGUAAAAAAAGUGAUGCAAACUAUUAAAUCGAGUUUUUCUCUUUUU